AUGAUUCCAUUCCAUUUUCCAAAAUAUUUAGCAAUUUUCACCCUCUUCUUCCAGACUCUGGAUGCACUGAAUACUUUCAGGGCUGCAGUGUAUGAACAUGCUGUUAUUUUACCAAACAAAACAGCAAAUCCUGUUUCAAAAGAAGAAGCUUUGCUCCUGAUGAAUAAGAACAUAGAUGUUUUGGCAAAAGCAGUGAAGACAGCAUCCAAGCAGGGUGCACAUAUCAUUGUGAUACCAGAGGAUGGAAUCUAUGGUUGGGUCUUCUUUACCAGGGAGAGUAUUUUCCCCUAUCUGGAAGAUAUACCAGACCCUGAAGUGAACUGGAUUCCUUGUAGAGAUCCCCAGAGGUUUGGCUACACACCAGUGCAGGAGAGACUCAGCUGCCUGGCCAAGGACAACUCUAUUUACAUUGUGGCAAAUAUGGGAGACAAGAAAUCGUGCAACACCAGUGACCCUCAAUGUCCCCCGGAUGGCCAUUACCAAUACAACACUAAUGUGGUGUUUGAUUCUGAGGGUAAACUGGUGGCCCGCUACCACAAGUACAAUCUUUUUGCACCAGAAAUUCAAUUUGAUUUCCCCAAGGAUUCAGAAUUUGUGACUUUUGACACUCCGUUUGGAAAGUUUGGCAUCUUCACUUGCUUUGACAUUUUUUCUUAUGACCCUGCUGUGGUGGUGGUGAAUGACUAUCAAGUUGACAGUGUUCUCUACCCCACUGCUUGGUACAACACGCUGCCCCUCCUCUCAGCUGUCCCCUUCCAUUCAGCGUGGGCCAGAUCCAUGAGAGUUAACUUGCUUGCUGCAAAUACUCACCACACCAGGAUGCACAUGACAGGGAGUGGAAUCUACAGCCCAGAAGCCAUCAAGGUAUAUCACUAUGACAUGGAGACUGAGAGUGGUCAGCUGCUGCUGUCAGAAUUAAAGUCUCGGCCUCGCAGUGAGCCCCACUACCCUGUGGCAGUGGACUGGAGUGCUUAUGCUAGACGAGUCCAACCAUUCUCCUCUGAGCAGGAAGACUUUCUCGGGAUGAUUUAUUUUGAUGGAUUCACCUUCACCGAGCUUAAAGGAGACACAGGAAAUUACACAGUGUGCCAGAAGAAUCUGUGUUGUCACUUAACUUAUAAAAUGACUGAAAAGCGAGCAGAUGAGGUUUACGUACUUGGUGCUUUCGAUGGGCUGCAUGUCGUAGAAGGCCAGUAUUACUUACAGAUAUGCACAUUCCUGAAGUGCCAAACCCCUGAUCUGAGUACUUGUGGGGAGCCGGUGGGGUCAGCUUUUACUACGUUUGGAGAAUUCUCCCUCAGUGGCACAUUUGGAACAAGUUACGUCUUCCCACAGAUUGUCCUAAGCGGGAGUCAGCUUGCCUCUGAACGACAUUAUGAGGUUUCAAGAGAUGGACGCCUAAGAAGCCGAAGUGGAGCCCCUUUACCUGUCUUAGUUAUGGCCCUGUAUGGAAGGGUAUUUGAAAAAGACCCUCCACGCUUAGGGCAGGGACCUGGGAAACCAAAAUGA